CAGGAUCAGAUCAUGAUCCCAAGCGACAAUGAGACAGCAAACACCAAGACUCUCCAUCUUUAGUUUCGAGCAAGUAGAGUUUUAGUUCAACUUGAAAACAUUUUGUGGAUUCGAUCAACGAUAAAUUCUGUGUUGCAGCGAGUGUACAGGAUCGACACAGGUGCAUGUCAAUGGCCAACUGGCUAUGCAGGCGGCACAGCACAGCCUUGUUGUCCCCGAAAGGCCUCACAAUUACAUUUCACUCAGCUCUACAACCAAGCUCUUGAUCGGGUCAACAAUCCCACCUCUUACAUCUUGGCAAUAGAAAAAAUGGAAAAAGUCUGGUUUAAACUCCGUCAAACCGAUUAUCCCCCAGCCCAAGAGGACGCCAUCCUCAGCGGCGAGGGCGACGAUUCUACUGCCCCUCUCUGUCUAGGCCAUCUCAUCUCCAACCUCAAAACCCUCGACUUCCCUCUCAACCAUGGUUCAAUCCUGCCCUUUCCCCCACGCAUGCGCGUCUUUUGCAACAGCACUCUCAACUUCACAUGGGAUGAUACGAGAUUGAGGUCGCCAGGGACUAAUCUCGCUGCGGGAGCGCCGAUUCUUGCUGCAACUGGCGUCACGGCUAAAGCAAGUCUGCAGUUUGCAUUUAUGAAGACUGUAGAGAGCCACGAGGAAUAUGAACGGUUGGAUACGUAUAUAGUGCAGCCUACAAAGGGAUAUAUAGAGGAUUGUCUGCAGCAAGAGCAGUUGAAUGCCUACGUCAAGGGAAAGGUUUCGUGGACCAUGUUCAUGAUCACAGGCAUCAAAGUCGCCCGUGCGGGGAAGCGCGAAGCGCAGGAGGAGACCAACAUCGCAGCUGAUAUAGGUCCAGAACUGGACCUUCCGUUGGUUGCUACAAUGAGAGCUACCGCCACAAACCAACGCAUAGCCUCCCAGAAGGUUUCUGGGGAACAUCCUGGUGACUUCAUCUGGGCUAUUCGCCUUGCUAAAAUCCACAAGGGUCUGCUCAUGAAAGACUGGUCAGUGGAUCCGUACACCAAGAGAGCUAUGUUUGCAGCCGGGCAUGAGACUGAGCUAAAUGUUGAAGGCGUCCUGAGAGACGAAGGCUUGGAGGGCUUUACGAUUGUCGAGGAUGAAAAACUUGACGAAGUUGUUAUUUUGGACGGUAGCUCGAGAGUUGAAGUUAUGUAAAUAUUUGCUCUUUUUUAAGGCGAAACCUCCUUAGUUUGCCCUCUCCA